AGGGCUGAAUUCAGGGGCUCUUUGGUGGUGCAAUUACUAGCUAGCUUCAGGGUGCUCUGGUAAACUGUUCUGGGGAGAAGCUAAAACUGUUAGAGAUCCAGACGCUUUCCUCCCUUGAGAAACAACCUGAGGGACCACAAUAGAUUCUUCUACUUCUUCCUCAGCUACACGCAGAAAAAUGUGGGAGAAGCAUCAGGUCAUGCAUCCUAGUGAUCCAAUCGGGAUCCAUCAGAGAAUAAAGAAAAUGGCAGUCUGGUCCUUAUCUAGGCUGUGGAAAGUCUCUGAUCCAACUCUGUUCCAAAUGACCUUGGUCGCUGCUCUAUUUUCUACUGUUCUUGGUCGUUGUGGUGUCCCACCAAAUUUAUACUUUGCUUCUCCAAUCAAUGAGUUGAACCAGACUUCCUUCAGCUCUGGAACUGUCCUGAAAUACACCUGCCGCCCUGGUUAUAGUAGGGCUCCUUAUAAAAGUCAUUCUCUUACCUGCCAACACAAUUCAUGGAACUACGAUGAGUUCUGUGUCAAGAAAAGAUGCAGACACCCUGGAGAAUUACAAAAUGGGCAAGUGGUAGUGAAGACAGAUAUCUUGUUUGGAUCACGCAUAGAAUUCACCUGCUCAGAAGGAUAUGUUUUAAUUGGCUCAACCACUAGUUUUUGUGAGAUCCAAGAUAGAGGAGUUGAUUGGAGUGAUCCUCUCCCACAAUGUAUAAUUGCUAAGUGUGAGCCUCCUCCACCCAUCAGCAAUGGGAGGCACAAUGGUGGAGAUGAAGAUUUCUAUAUAUACGGCUCUUCUGUUACCUACAGCUGUGACCCCAACUUCUCACUGUUAGGCAAAGCCUCCAUUUUUUGCACAGUGGAAGAUAACAAAAUAGGCAUCUGGAGCCCAAGUCCUCCUACCUGUAAAAAAGUCAGUUGUUCUAAGCCAGAGAUUGAAAAUGGGAAAAUAAUCUUGGGAUUUGGACCCCUCUAUACUUAUAAAGACUCCAUGGUAUUUGACUGUGAUCGAGGUUUUAUUCUCAAUGGAAGCAGUUUAAUCCACUGUGAAGAAGAUAAUAACUGGGACCCUCCUCCUCCCACUUGUGAGCUCAAUAGUUGUGUUGGCUUACCAGACAUCCCAAAUGCCUCCUGGGAAACGUAUAACCACCACCUGUCAACAAAUCAGAGAAUUUAUACUAUUGGAACUGCGUUGAGAUAUAGGUGCCGUGAUGGCUAUAAACCUACUUCGGAUGAGCCUACGACUGUGACUUGUCAGGAAAAUUUGACUUGGACCCCACACAUAGAGUGUAAGGAGGUAUGUUGCCCAAUACCAAGGCUGAAGAAUAAUGGUGAAAUAACUGCAAGGAAAACUAGUGCUGUCAACAGCUGUGAUUAUUUCAAGGGAGAUGAAAUUUCAUAUACAUGUUAUAAGAAGUAUAAUUUUAAAGCUAGAUGUCAAGCAGAUGGCACGUGGUAUCCCAAAACACCAACAUGUGAUGAAAAUUGUGAUUUCCCUCCUACCAUUGCCCAUGGAAAUUAUGAACGACAAACAUAUGGUAUAUUCAGCUCUACUGAGGUGAUAUACAAAUGUGACGAAGGAUACACUCUGGUUGGAGAAGCCAGACUCUCCUGCAGGUCUUCACGCUGGUCCCAUGCACCCCCUCAAUGUAAAGCUCUGUGUCCAAAACCAGAAAUAGCCCAUGGAAAGCUGUCCGUGGAUAAGACUCAAUAUGUUGAGUCUGAAAAUGUCGCCAUCCAUUGUGACUCUGGUUAUAUGUUGGUUGGUCCAGAAAGUAUCACUUGCUUAUACAGCAAAAUCUGGUACCCCGAGGUGCCUCGGUGUGAGUGGGUGAUCCCUGAAGGCUGUGAAAAUGUGCUCGCAGGAAGAAAGAUCAUGCAGUGUCUGCCUAACCCACAAGAUGUGAAAAUGGCCUUGGAGGUGUAUAAAUUGUUUUUGGAAAUUAAACUGCUGGAAAUACAGACAAAGCAAGAGAUUCUAUCCACUGAGGACCAUAAUGUCUCCCUAAAAAGGAAAGCACCUAUGCUCACCACUAUACCACCGAUGCAGUCUCCCUAAAAAGGGAGAAAAAUGUGCUGCCUUCAAUACAACACGGGUUGCUUCAGCUUACCAACUCUGCUGUCCCAUUUGCAUCAUCAUUCAUGGUAUAAUGUCUAGAAAGGAUCUUUGUUCUGUUAGUGCUUUGAGACCACAGAAUUAUUGAUCAUCUCCUAUCUCACGUUUUUGCUUUUCUGGACACAUAGUGCACAUUUUUUUUCAAUUAAAAAAAUUACAUAAGAAAUUUAA